UUUGAAGUGUUGGGUAACAAUGGUGAUUACAGAGGAACCACACACCCUUACAAGAUAAGUUUUAUAUGGACUACAUAUAUGAAGACCUCUGAGCAGAUCCCAAAUCUAUCUCGCUUCAACUUAAGCCCUUUUCCAGAUAUUUUAUCUCAGUCCAAUGUUGAUGAUGUCUUCAUAGGUAUGUUAUUUCUCUUAACUUUUACAUAUUUUAAUCCGUACUGAAGUUAGUACAUAAUUUCCCCAUUCAGUAUUUACCUAAUUUGCUCAAUUUUCUAUUUUUAUGUAGACAUACUGGGUGAAAUUGUUGGCAUGGGUGAAAUCACUGAGAGGAAGUAUGCAGGACAUUCAACAAAACUUUUGGAUAUUCAACUACGAGAUUUGAGUGAAACAAUCAUUGAAUGCACUUUAUGGGAAAACCAUGCUGAGGAUGUGCACUCUUAUAUGAAGAACAACAAAACUGGUCCAGUUAUAUUGAUUGGAAGUCUUAUGAGGACCAAAAAAUUCAACGGUAAAAUAUCAGUUCAAAACUCACGCUUUUCUACAAAGCUUUUUCUGAAUGAAGAAGAUAUAGAUGAGAUAAGUGAAUUUAAGAAAGGAAUGGUGAACACUGAUAAUUUGGCUCCAUGUACGGUUACUCAAAUGGUAAAACCCACUUCAAAUAAAGUGGUAACCGUUGAUGAUUUCCCAUUAAUUUAAUAUUAAAUUAUGUCAUUUAUAUACUUAUUUUUUGUCAACAAACAGAUUACAUUUAAUACUGUAAUUAUCUAAACAGAUUAACUUUUCUAUGUUUAAAAAAGUUAGAAGAAAACUAGAAAAAACAGAGUAUGGUUAAUUUGUAUUAGGACAAAUGUGAAGCUGUAUGGGAAACAAAUGUAUAUACUUAUUUAUAGUUUGUUGAUUUUACUCUUUUUAACAUCACUAAUUUUACUAAUCUAUCAAUGAAAUUUCUACGAGAAACAUAUUUUAAUAUGAAAACGGGUGCAAGUAUAAAAUUCAGAUAUUUAAUCACGUUUUUACAUGUGUUAUCUAGGUUUAGAAAAUAUGACUAAAAUAAAAAUUUAUUUUUUUAUGCUUUGGAUCGUUAUAACUUAUGAUCAGAUAAUUUGGAAAAUAAUGAAAGUAACCCGUGCGUUACCACAGGGGCUAAUAUUAUUUUAUUAAUGAAAAUAAAUCGUAAGAUUAAUAAAUCGAUUACUAUUAUUUAUAUAUGCUUUUCAAGUUACCUCUUUAUGACACUUAGACAUCUCCUUCUAUUUUCUUCAUCUUCAAGCCUGGACUCAGCAAGAUCCCUCUGUUUUCUCAACUUUGCCAUCUGCUUUUCCAUUUGCAUGAACAUUAAACCUUCAUUAAUUAGUAUUAAGUCACUUAAAAUAUACACCCAUGUGCACGUAUCGCCCCCUCACAUCCCAUGUGCAGCCAUUAUCAUUAUUAACACAAGGUGAAAAGCCUCCAAAUUCCGGUUGAGAUUAAAGAUAUGAACAUAUCUUUUUAAAAAACAAAUUUAGAUAUUACUGCCAGAUAUUACUGCCAAAAAGGUUUCAACAGAUUUACUUCAAUAUUAUCCAUAAUUAUAAUAUAUUUAAAGAUUACUAAUUUAUUUAAAUUUACAUUUAUAAUAAAAUUAUUCAAAAUAAAAAAAAAAAAUUUUUGCCCGUGCAUAGCACGGAAAGGAACACUAGUACACCAAUAACUAGGGAAGACGAGAGACACAAAAAAAUAAAAAAAAAAAAAUCUAAU